AUGGAUGUUAAGUGCCAAGGCUGUUUAAACAUCACAACAGUGUUCUCACAUGCUCAAACUGCUGUUACCUGUGAAAAUUGCUCCACUGUUUUGUGUUCUCCAACUGGCGGUAAAGCUAAGUUAACUGAAGGUUGCUCUUUCAGGAGAAAGUAA